AUGAGUGAUUUGGGAUGGCUCACGUAUUAUCUCGGAAUAGAGGUCGUGCAACAUGAAGAUGGGAUCACUUUGUGUCAAGAGAGGUAUGCGAAGAAGAUUCUUAAAGAAACAGGGAUGGCAGAUUGUAACCUAGUUCAUGCACCCAUGGAACCUAGUCUAAGGAUGUCGAAGUCACAAGAAGAAACAAGCACCCUUGCGCAUGGUUUGGUGUUUCAGCGAGCUACAAACAAUACGAAGCUAGUUGGAUACUCUGAUAGUAGUCACAAUGUUGAUGAGGAUGAUGGAAGAUUUAAGUUUAAAGAGAUGAAAGAACUUGUUGGAGUUAAAGACUUGUCGAAAAUAGACUUCAAGUUUAAGGUGGAGAUUGUUGGAGAUAAACUUGAAAAUUAA